UGAAAUUGACACGAAAAUUACAAUAUUUAAUCUAUACUAACGUAGAUAAAUAUUGUCUUAUUGUUGAUAGUUUUAAUUAUUUUCCUUUACAGUAGUGAUUGAUUGUAAGACAAUAAUGUACAGGAAUGUGCCAUGCAAAUAUUGUUUCGGCUCAAACACUUGACCAAUGAAAGCAAUUACACAUUAACAAGCCCUUUUCGCUGUUACCUUUAUGCUAUUAAAUGAUAUAUAGUAUCUGCGAGGUGUCGCAAAAAUUUCGUGACAAAUCAGGCUAAACGCUUAGAAACAUCUUUUAGAGACCCACCGAUGCGGUAGCAGACGCCUGGAGGCAAGCGCGGGUAUUUCCUCAUUCAGAGACUUGGUUAACCGGCUUAGCAACUCACGUUAGGCUAAACAAUGUGUGACAUCCGGGUUUGGCUUGAGCUCUACUGAUCAUGGACUCGCGUGUUCGACCGGUCCAAUGCGACAUUUUUGUGAGAAUGACGUCUCAGCGCGACAGUUCAACGGCAAACAUUCGUGAAACAGACAGCAGCGUUUCACGUCAUGAGACUUUCUAGCACGUCAAACUGACGGUGAACGCUGCGAGUGAACGAGAGCGCAGGUCGUUUCAAACAAGGAGGAAACCCCCGCAGAUAGCGACGCUCUACCACCGAUCUCUCUCGCUCGACGUAAUAUCACCGACGAUAUAACUAACACCCAGCACGUCCCCCAUGACGUCACGCUAUCACGAUACGAAAGUUCCACCACGAGCACUUAUCAGUUAAACACAUCGCAUUUACUCGGAUAAACACCACGAUGAACAUCGUUGCUAUGGCGACCGCCGCCUGCGUCUUAGCGACUCUUCUGGCCGUUCUACGAACGACGGACGCCGGAAACAUCCUCAUGGUUCCCGUCGGCGCUGGUCGGCCGAGCAGCCACCGCUUCGUCAUGGAGAAAGCGGCAACAGUGCUCGCCGAAAACGGCCACAGCAUCACCUGGUUGCUUGGCAACGAGCAUCCUCCGGUCGCGUUUGGCGCCAGCGUCACGUACGCGUCGCGGCCGGCGACGCACGUCGACGCCGACGCGCUGAUCGCCGAAGGCAACGUCGGCGUCGGCUACAUCCUCAACAUGCUUAACCAGUUUGUCGACGCAUGCGCGAUGCUGCUCAACGACCGACGCACGUUCGACGAACUGCGACGCAGAAAAUUUGACCUGAUGUUUCUGGACGCGGCCGACCUGUGCGGGUUUGCGAUGGCGGACGGUAUCGGCGUGCCGUACGCCGCUAUCGUAUCGACGGGCACCGCGGGCGUGCUCUUCUCCGAGGCGCCUGCUAUGCUCUCCUUCUCUCCGUCGCUCGUGCUGCCCUACACGAACCGCAUGACGUUCGCGCAGCGAUUCAAGAACACGCUCGUACACGUCUUCUUCAAGGUCGUCGGUCACGUGACGUUCGUGCGUCGGCUGGAGGGCGUCGCGCGCCGCGCCGGAUUUCUCGCCGACAGCAGCAUCGAGGCGGUGGCGCGUCGCACGAACAUGCACUUCGUCGUCGGCGACUUUAGCUUCGACUAUCCGAUCCCCGUCAUGCCGAACACAAAACACAUCGGCGUCAUCACCGCCGGCAAGCCGCUACCGCUCGCCGCGCCGCUGCAAGAAUUCGUCCAGCGAUCGGCCGCCAGGGGCGUCGUCGUCAUCUCGUUCGGCUCGGCCGUCAACUCGGCCGGCGGCGACGUCGUGCGAAAGAUCGCCGCCGCCAUCGCCGACCUCCCCUACUUCUUCGUCUGGCGUCUGCGCGCAGCCGACGCGCCACCUCUCGGCGACAACGUGAAGAUCGUCGACUGGAUACCGCAGAACGACCUUCUCGGUCACGCCAAGGUCGUGCUGUUCGUCACCCACGCUGGACCGAACAGCGUCUGGGAGAGCGUCUACCACGGCGUGCCGAUGCUGGCGCUACCUAUCGUCGCCGACGAGUACGGCAACGCGGCGCGGGUCGUCCACCACGGCGUCGGCAAGCAGUUGGAUUUCUACGGUUUCACGGCAGACGAGUUUCGCAGCGGCGUGAUCGAGUUGAUCACGAACAGGACGUACGCGGAGAGGGCGGCCUUUAAAUCUCGACAGCUGAGGGCGAACACAGGGGCUUCAUCCGAAGGGUUUCUCUGGUGGACCAACCAUCUGCUCGAAACUAAGGGAGCGACGUACCUGAGACCAGCUUCCGUCGAACUGAACUUCUUCCAGUUUUACCUGCUCGACGUGUUCACUUUUCUUGCCGUCAUCGGCGCCAUUUUUGUUCUGUGCGUCUGGAAGCUGGGCGCGAGUCUAUAUCGGAGACGAAUCGAAAACAGAAAUGCGAAAACAAAGCUUCAGUGAACUUGUUUGUUCGACGCGUGAAUGUAGGGAAGUAUGACAUUCGCGUGUAUAAUAUAGAUAGUGUGACGUGACGAUGAAUCGGAAAUUAUUCACAUGCGUUAUAUUUACUGAACCGUAUACAUUUCCGUUUUAAAGUUGUAAUAAGUUUGUUGUUUGUUCCCGUUGUGACGAGGGGCUACAAUGAACCUACUGUGCACCGCACUACGUUGCGUUGCCUAACGUAUGACCGUUGAUCCGACUGUAUACGCUAACUAUAACAGGGUUGCUUUCAAGCUGAGGAUGUGCGGAAAGACGACAAACCCGCGAAGGCAAAACUAGUAUGCGUAUAUUUAAUAUUAUCAGGAGUGAAUAAUAAUAUUAUCUAUUAUCUAUCUAUUAUCUAUCAUCUAUUAUUUAUAUAAUUAUCUAUCUAUAUAUAUAUUAUUAUUCACUCCUGAUAUUAUCUAUACAUUAGAACAGGCUGGUUGCGCCUAAAGUGUUGUAGUCCCACAAUCCGCGCGCUUCCAUCACGCAUUGUAGUGGAGCGUUUACGUCUGUCUACGCGAGCGCAAGACGACAGCAGUUGUACAUCCAACCGUGUUCUAUCACGCCUCUAAUCGCUGCUCGUAACGUGUGUCAUAUCGCUGGCUCGUUUAUAUGCACUAUUACAAGCUAAAAACAUAUGAAGCUCGCGGCGAGUGUACGGAACGAGUGUAGCGGAGUGUAAGGAACCCGGGUGGUCUUCGCGCGACGGCUGUGGAUAUAGCCAGCAGCACAUGAAUGCAGAUCGCCAUUCAUGUAUCCCUGAUCAUGUAUGUACUCUUAUAUAUGUCAGCAGCACAUGCGUACAGAUCGCCAUUCAUGUACUCCUGAUCAUGUAUGUACUCUUAUAUAUUGGCAGGCGUGUCAGCAACACAUGAAUAUAGAUCGCCAUUCAUUUACCACUGAUCAUGUACUCCUAUAUAUAUUAUAUAUAUAUAUAGAUAGCAGGCGUGUAUUUGCGUAGCUGGGAGCUGUGACGACAGAUUGGCCGUGUCUGCGUGAGCGAUGGCGAUGUAGUCUAAUACAGCACGGCACACGAGACGACGUCGUAUGCGUAUGUCGCCACAUGUCUAAACCUGAGCGUAAACCACACGAGUGGACUAUGCGUAGGGCCUACGGUCAGGAGUGUAUAUUAUAGGGAUCUCUAUAUUAUACACUCCUCAUGCGGUUGUAUUGACGAAUGUGGCUGUUCACUGACUACGGGAGUUUAAGAAAGACAUUAGUGUUUUUAUAACAGUUGGUUAGGGAGUUUAUAAAUACAUUAAAAUACAAUAGUGAAGCGAGCGGUGGAUUAAAGCAACGAGGCAAGAUUCUAUGUCGAAUAAUUAGUAUGCUCAUAGCUGAGCGUACAGACUGCAAAUUUGAUCCUACGUUAAACUAUAGUCCGGGCCAGGCGAGCGCGAACUUUGUGCAGUGUUGUAUACACGCUAUCCCGGACUAAAUACGCGCUAGUCCGAACUAAUUAAGUUCAUAAGUCAAGC